GUCAGAACGUGAGGAGCUAACAAGUAUUACCGCCAUAAACCACACGGUCAAAGACCUUAAGACGUGACGGUUUAAUGAUAUACAAUAGUGCAAGACACCUUUAACACAACAUGAAGAUUUAAAGCGAUCAGUAGGAAACGAUACUGCUGGCAAUAUGGCAGACACUGAGGCUGGACUGUCCAUGUUGACUUCUGAUGGUCAGGACAAAGAUGGCGGUCAUCCCAGGUACUUAUAUGGCUUUGAAGAACUUUACAGACGAAAACCAUCCCAGAAUAGCUUCAGAGAAAAGUGCAGCAUGCGACUGAAGAAGAUAUGUUCCAGACAGGCCAUCAAGAAGACUGUCUUGGGGAAUUUUCCAUUUCUGAAGAUCAUGCGUGGCUACGACAUUCUUCGGUAUUUACCAAAUGAUGUGAUUGCUGGAAUGACAGUUGGCAUUAUGCAAAUUCCUCAAGGGAUGGCGUACGCAGCACUAGCUUCUCUUCCCCCGAUCUGCGGUCUCUACACAUCCCUGUUUUCCCCACUUAUAUACUUCUUCUUUGGCUCAUCCAGACAUGCUUCCAUGGGAACGAUAGCUGUCGUGAGCCUGAUGAUAGCCGCUGUCCUUGACACUCGCCUAGCAGCUGACAUUCCUGGAACCACCUUCAACUUUACCCAACCGGGGAACCUAACCGACCUUGACAUUGAGAGGGCCACCGAUUCCAGAAAGAUAGAAAUUGCUACAGCACUGACACUCGUGUCUGGCUUAGUCAUGAUGGUCCUAGGGAAGCUCGGGAUGGGCUUCUUGACGACAUAUAUGUCGGAGUACCUCAUCAGCGGCUUCACCACCGGCGUCGCCGUCCAUGUGGUUUCCAGUCAGACGAAAAACGUGCUCGGGUUAAAGGUCAAGAGAUUUAAUGGCGUCUUCAAAGUCGUAAAGACGUGGAUAGAGAUAUUGCGGAACAUCGCAGACACCAACUGGAUACCUUUGGUGACGUCAGCGGUCAGCAUGGUCAUCAUAUACGUCAUCAAGACUCAGAUUAACGAGAGAUUCAAAAAGAGGCUCCGCAUCCCUGUACCCAUUGAACUAAUAGUGGUGAUAAUUGGAACGGUCGUCUCUCAUUUCGCACGUUUUAAAAAUGACUUCGACGUCAAAGUAAUAGGUGAAAUCCCCGCAGGUAUUCCCCAACCCAAGAUCCCUGACGUCAGCCUAGUGACGUCACACCUAGGAGAUGCAGUCAUCAUUGGAGUCAUAGCCUUUGCACAGUCAGUGUCUAUGGCUAAGAUGUUAGCGCUCAAAAACAAACAAACAGUUAAUGCAAAUCAGGAGAUGUUUGCGUACGGUGCCGGGAGCGUCCUCUGUUCCAUUUUCUCCGGCUACAUCCCUGCUGCCUCUGUUGCGCGCAGUGUCGUGCAGGACGGUGCUGGGGGUAUCACCCAGAUUGCCUCCCUGGUAGGGUGUUGUGUAGUCCUGGUGGUUGUCAUGGCUGUUGGACCACUCUUCUACUCCCUCCCCUCAUGUAUCCUGUCCUCUGUCAUUAUCGUCAACUUGAGAAGCAUGUUCAGGCAGCUCUUGCAGCUCCCAGUGCUGUGGAGGAGGUCAAAGUGGGAUUUUAGUAUAUGGGUGAUAACUCUCAUGUGUGUGAUCCUGUUGGAUGCUGACGUCGGCCUCGGGAUCGGCAUCAUCUUCUCCAUCCUCACCGUGGUGUGCAGAACCCAGAGAUCUGGUUUCACAUUAAAAGGCGAAGUAGAUUUAACAUCGCAGUACAGAUCAAAGAAGAGGUACGAAUGUAGUACAAACACGACCAUUCGGAAGGUGAAAUUCGAAGGAACCACGGAGGAGAAUGGAAUGCCGAUGGAGCCAGAAUCUCAGAAUGUCUCCCAUGUCACCUACAUUAUCUUGGACAUGACAGGGGUAAACUUUAUUGACACCAUGGGUGUUAAAGCAUUGUCCAGGGUUAUGGCAGAGUUUGAGUCCGUGGACAUCAAAGUAUUGAUUGCUGGUUUGAGAGAGGAAGUACUAGAUAUUCUACAGACCAGCGACUUCAUCCCCCAACACAAACACCAACUGUUCUUGGACAUGUCUCACGCCCUCCACUCUGUCGACAGCACCAUCGCCUUUUAACCAUUGGUUUUCAGCACUUGGACAUUUUAUUUUGUCUCAUAUUGAAGACUCAGAAUGUUCACACAGAAAUGUAGAAGGUAUUCCUAUCUGUCGAGACAUGUAAUGCCCAGACUUUGUGAUGAGAAAAUACCGGACGUAAAACAUACUGUGAGACCAAAUGACGAAAGACAUUCCUCAGUGUGAUACCGAUAUCUGUAUUAUCUAUGGAAGACUCCAACAGGUACAGAAUACCGGCGCCAGAAUGCUCAGCAGGACCAGAAACAGAUCACAUAUUUCGCCAGUUCUGAAACCCUUGCAUCAACUGCUGAUGCAAGCAAGAAUAGAAUUCAAGAUGCUUUCUCACAUCUGUCGUUUUCAUCAAACAGGUCAAAGCCAUAUGAGGCUGAACGAUCACUGCUCGAUAUCUUGAGAACGCAGAAACAUCAUAUAAACAAUAAAUCGUUUGGGUUCCGUCCCUAAAGCUGCUCAGAUCCAGUUCGGUACAACUAGCUGCCACAUGAUACCCGGAUAUCCCGCUCUUUCCAACACAAGCUUUCUUCAGUUCGAUUGAUACAUGUUCCUGGUGUUAAAAAACAUAUACUGUGUAUAAUAUCAUGUAGCGUUCUGUGCCGAUACUUAGUAUCUACAGUUUUUAGAUUAUAUUUUUAUAACACAUUUGUUGUUAUUGUACAGAUGAAUAUAUAGUUUUAGCAAUG